AUGGAGAUGGAGAUGGACAAGGAGAAGGAGAUGGAGACCGAUCCCGAUCUCAAUCCCAAUCCCAGUCCUUCCCCCUCGCCCGACAACUCGACCAAGGCCUGCGCCGACUGCCACACCACCAAGACUCCGCUCUGGCGCGGAGGGCCCGAGGGACCCAAGUCCCUCUGCAACGCCUGCGGCAUCCGCUACCGCAAGAGGAGGAGACAGGCCCUCGGCCUCGACGCCGCCGACGCGCAGCAAGAUCACCACCAGCGCAAGAACAAGGCCGCCGAUCCGCACGAGGAUCAGCAGCAGCCGAAAAGGAAGGCCGCCGCCGCCGCCAGCAGCACCACCACCACCAAGAAAGACAAGGACAAGAAGAGAAAGGAUCGGCAAGUCACCGUGGAGCUCCGCGUGGUGCCUUUCGGCAAGGAGGUGAUGCUCAAGCAGCGCCGCCAGAUGCGCCGCAACAAGUGCAUGAGCGAGGAGGAGAGGGCGGCCGUCCUCCUCAUGGCGCUGUCGUCGGGCGUCAUCUACGCCUCAUGA